AUGGAUAUUUCAUCAGGAGAUUCAAAUGAUAAUAGCAGGUACUUCAUGCUCGAGUUUGAUGCUGAAAACAGGACUGAUAAAGCGCGAUGCACUGGAAAGCGCCGCUGGGAUGAUUCGUCUUCGCGGGACAGGGCUUCAGAAGGCCAAGUAAAUGAUCGCGAUAUAUGGCAUGACAGGAUGGCUUGGAGUUCAGACGCACACACUCAAGAUCAUCAAGACCACUUGCAGGAGCUGGAGGCUGGAUCUCGGUCACCAAGCAGCGCAUUGGAGGCACAGAACAUGCAGGAAACAAGCACAAUGCUCAUUGCUAGGCAACAAACACAAAAUAGCAGGAUCUUGAUAUCAGAAGAGGAGGAAAAGGAUAUUUCCAUCACACUUUGGACUGGUCGAAGACAGGUGUUUCAAAUCAUCAAUAUGUUCAGGAUGCAGUGGAUCUGGUCAGUGUCACCCAGCCAUGUAUCACCUCCACCUCGUGGUAUUUAG